AUGAAGAAUUCGGAAGACAUCUUCGCAUCACUGUACCUGAAUGCAGUGGAAGAAGGCGCAGAGGACGCUGUUCAAUAUGCUCUCCAAAAUAGCCAUCUUUUUGACAAACAUUGUGUGGAUUAUAAAGGCCGAUCAGCUCUUAUAUUGGCAAUUGAUAAUGAGAACAUAGAUAUGUUACAUUUGCUAAUCCAGAAUGACGUCACAAUAGAUGAAGGUUUUCUUCACGCCAUAGAUGAGGGUCAGUAUGCAGCCGUUGAGGUAUUCUGUAAGCGCGCCCUCUACCUACGGCUUCUUCUUGAUUACGGAGCUGUAAUGCCAGACCCGGCAGUGGUAUCCCCAAGAUCGGAGCCAAGUUCAUUACAAUCAUCAUUAACGCGAUUGCAUAUCUACCAAGCACUGUCCAGCGAAGCAUACAUUUCACUGACCUCAGUUGACCCUAUCGGUGAUGCUUUUGUUUUAAGCGUGACAUUACGAAAGUUGAGUAAAGAAGAAUACGAGUUUUCACAAGAGUACGAAGAGAUGUCUAUCAGAUGUGAACAGUUUGCUGCUGAUUUGCUGGCACAGACACGUGACCAACGUGAAAUUAAAAGCGUAUUGGAGUACGAUUCUAAACUAGAUGCAGAAAGUGUGUACGAUGAGUCUGUACAACGUGUCACCGAGGCAGUUAAUUACCGACAGAAGAAGUUUAUAGCACAGGCACAUUGCCAGCAGUAUCUAAUCGGGAAAUUUUAUAGGCAGCUGAAGAACAAGGUGGAUACAAGUACAUUCGUCAUGCUUCUGAUGUCAUUUCUCAUCUCAAUUAGCUAUCCUGUACUAUCAAUCAUAUACCUCUUCUGGCCAAAAGGAAAGUUUGCUGAUUUUAUACGUAUUCCGUGA